GGUAAAAAGGCAACUGUGCUGUUAAGAAACUAUAAAAACAUAAUACAAAUAUAAUCGACAUCUAGAGAGCAAUAUGUUGGACAUUCAAAACUUAAUUUGCUUUGCGUUUGUGUUUUUAAUCAUCUGCCAUAUUUCGAAGACGAGACAAAUUGUAAUAGAUGGACCACCGACUGAAAAUUGGAUUAUGUACAGAGCAACAUCUCAAGACAUUCCAGAAUAUAAGUACAAAUGGCCUUUGGAAAACAAUCAGGGUCAGGUUGUCAUUGAUAUAGACAGUUCGAAAUGGUUAACAGUUGGUCAAUAUUCAACUGUAUUGGAUGUGAAGAGCAACACCAUCGUGGGCACGAUCUAUAAGCUUGACAUUGAAUCUGAUUGGGACGAUCCGUUGGUUCAAAGAAACACGACCGUUUUACAUGUUAAAUGUAGAGAAUACAAUGGAUUGAAACCUUCGAUUCCUAAUGCUGUUACUUUGGGACAGUAUAAGGAUAUUCGUUACUCAAGAAUUGAAUGCUUCUUGAAGAACAUGUCUGUGACAUUCUUAAAGGGCCUUGUUCACUUAAGAUGGUUGGAUCUAGCGAACAACAAUAUUUCUGUAGUUGAGCAACAUGCGUUUGAUGAUUUGGUUGCAUUGGAAGAUUUAGUCUUAACAAGAAACCCAAUAGGGUUCCUCCCUAAUGGACUAUUUUGCACUAUGCCCAAACUGAAAACAUUAAAAUUGGAUUACUUAAAGCUGACAGGAUUCCCAACUGCUGC